AAAAAUAAUAAACAUAAAACGCGCGCGUCGCGAGCGGCUGUCGAAAGCCCUGUGCCGCGUGGGGCUACCGGUAACCCAGCGAGCGGUAGGCAUUUAUCGCGCGCAAGUACGUCGAGUGACAGAGGCCUGGUAUUACUAAAAAAAUAACUCGCUUUCCACUGUAAUUAAUGUAUCUAUCAGCCGACACUUUCAUCUGGCGACCUCAUAUACGAAACGAUCGUAAAUUAACGUUAUUAAAACAAGUUUACAAGCGUUCAUGAACGUGUAAUUACGCAAAACGUUACGCCGCUGGGCGUGACAUCACAAAUCAGUCCGGUCGGGCCGAAGACAACACGUCUGUGCUCCGUCCCUGUCCCUCGUGCGAGAAAGACAGGGACGGGGACACCAGGCAGGCCGGUGCUGAUCGUAUUCCGUCGAGGGUGUCGCCAUUUUCGUUUUGACGAAUAUUGACAGCACGGCAGACAGACAGUGGCGCGGCCGUCGACGCAGCGUCUGCCGGAUUAUUUUUAUUUUGAUAGUGAAUCAUUUAACGAGCAGACUACGUUUGCUGACUCGUUACGCGUCGGUUAGCAAUAAAAACUCUAUUUACUACAACAGUGACGAGUGAUAGACGGCCAGUUGACGAAUUUUGGUGCUAACCUCUUCGUUCUUUUUUUUCUCCCGUCAGUGUUUUUGAGAACUGCAAGGCUGAUCGAUAUGUGCAAGAUUUACCACAGAUGACUCUGCGUUACUCAACCUCGUGUUGAUUUCUUCUGAUGAGGCAGCCAAGCUGUUGAUAUUGGCGGGAUGCAGGGCGGCGGUGCGCCCGCCGCGGACGCCGACCAGGCGCAGUUCGAGGCCGACAAGAGGGCUGUGUAUAAACACCCCCUCUUCCCCCUCCUGGCACUCCUCCUCGAGAGAUGCGAGCAAGCGACGGCAGGGGCGGAGCCCCCGGCCGCGGAGGCUUUCGGGGCUGACCUGCAGGCCUUCGUGCAGCACCAGAGACGAGACCGCAGGCCUUUCCUUGUUGAUGAUCCUGAGAUAGACGGACUUAUGAUUAAGAGUAUUCAGGUGCUACGAAUCCACCUAUUAGAGCUAGAAAAAGUGCAGGAGCUAUGUCGAGACUUCUGCGGUCGAUACAUCGCCUGUCUCAAGACUAAGAUGCAGAGUGAAAACUUGCUGCGGACUGAUUACAGCUCAGGAGGAGUAGAAAGCAACAACAAUCUGUCGGGCUCCAUAGACGAGCACUCGAGCACCUCCAACUCGCCACAAUAUCAGUCGCCGGUGGCGGGCGCGGCGCCGGUGUUCCCGAGCGUGUACCCGCCGCAUCCCGAGCUGCCCUACGCGCCGCCCAGCAGAGAUACACCGUCAUUAGUGGUCCAAGGUUCGACGCCGAUCAGUCAGAUAGGCGCCGGACUUAUAUCCACUGACUCCUUCACUGGAACAAACUCCAACAAUUCGUGCUCAUCAGUGUCGGGCUCGCCCCCCCCGGACGACGAGCUGGACGACGCGGCCGGCAAGCGCGGAGUACUGCCGCGACACGCUACACAGGUCAUGCGGGCCUGGCUGUUCCAACACCUCGUGCACCCUUAUCCGACUGAAGAAGAAAAGCGUUCGCUAGCAGCACAGACCCGGCUGACGUUACUACAAGUGAACAACUGGUUCAUCAACGCAAGACGCCGCAUCCUGCAACCCAUGCUGGACUGUGCUGAUAAACCUGGCGGUAAGAAAGGCAAGAACGGUUCGUCUAUAAGCAAGCGCUACUGGCCCGACGCACUCUCCAACCCACAGUUCACUGCCGGUCUCCUGUCAUCAUCAGAGGACGAAGACCAAGAAGGCGAGGCUUCGGGGGAUGAACAGGAUCCGGCCGCAGAACAGCCGGAAGUCACAUACCCAAUACAGCAAACUAUGCAUUAGGAUAUUAUCAGAGUUUUAGGAACGAACACUAUGAAAUUACUGAAAAAAUAUUGAGAAGGUAAGAUUUCUAUGUAUAAAAAACUGCUAUAAUUCUCACCAAAUGUCUUGAGAGAGAUUAGAAAAUGAAUUUGGAAGUUUGAAAUAUUUUGUCGUAAUUUAAAAACUUAUAUGUUCACCGCCUUACCACCAAAACUUUUAAACGUCAGUUUAAGACUUGUCUAAAAAAAAAUCAGAAUAUGACGUUGAUAUAUGGUUCAUUUUGCAGCCACAAUUUUUUUAGACAAGUGUAAAACAGAUGUUUAAGUUUUUUUAGUAAGGUUGUAGUAAGGUUGUUUAACACUAUGCAAAUACUGAGUUACCAGAAAUAUCUAAAUGAAAAUCAUAAUAAAACCAGUGAAAUAUUGUUUUAAUAUACUUAUUAAAAGUAAUUUUUAAACGACACACGAAAACUAGUUUUCGAAAUUCGACAAAUCCUCUCACUAGUGAUGUACCGUUCCUAAAACUCGAAUGUAUCGAUAAAACAAAAAAAUAAAUCGAUAUAGUCGAUACCCAGUUACGAUUCAAUGUAUACGUAUUAAUUUUUAAAGGUCUUUUCAUGACAAACGCCAUGUCACAAUAAAUUCGUUUAUUUAUAUAAAAAAAGACAUAAUAAUAUAAAAUAUAUUGACAGUAUACCAUAAGUUUAAGUGUAGAUUUAAAAGAUUUUGGGUAGUAGCAGUGUGGGUAAAACAAAUUAAAAACAUAAAUAAAAUUACGAUAAUUUCUUGACACUAAAACACUUUGUCGGUAAAUCAAUUUCUUGAAUGAAUAACAGUCAAAAAAUAUUUGAAAUAAACACAGAUGUAUAUAAAAAUAUGAUAGUGAUGUGCAAACUAAUUUCGAUACAAAAUAUCGACAAAUUUAUCGAUUUUGUUCAGGCACUGCAGUGCCCUAGCCAAGUCUCGUUAGAUAUACGGCAGUUGAAUAACGUCAAUAUUAAAUAUUCUAUUUAUAUGUGCGUUCAUGUAAGCUUUAUAUUACUUAUUAUGAGAGUGAAGGAAUAGUGAGUGCACCUGUGUACAAGCAAAUGCUCGUGCACUAUAAUAUGUCCUGCGCAGCUGACUGAUCUCCUUAUAUGAGAACAGCUGCCGUGGCCGACAGUCGGAUGCCAUUAUUAUAUUACUUAUAAAUUGAAAAAAGUACAUAUUGUUAAAGUCAAUGAUCUAAGUAUACAAGAAAAUAUACGAAGUCAACAAUUUGUAUACGAAAUCUUACGAUAUCAUUUAAUGUAUACGAUUUGCUGUUUUUUUAACGAAAUUUAUUAAACUGUUUUUUUAACGGUUAAAGUUAACUUGUCAAUUUGGGAUUUAAAAAACUAGCAAAGAACGCAAAAAAAGAAGCGUUCCAACAGUGUUUUAAUAAAAUACGUUAUAAUAAUAGAAAAACUAUUUGAAACCUCUUUCUAAGUUUAUAAAGCUACUUUUAUAUGGCUAAACUAAAAUAACGUGAGGAGAAAUAUCCCUCGGCCAUUUUAAUAAUGUAAAAAUAUAUUCAAAAAAAGGUAUACAAUUCUUUUGUAGAAACUAAGUUUUUAUCGAAAUAGUUUGCACAUCACUGUGCUAAUCUGUGUAUUAAUUUUGUGAAUCCAUACUGUUACCACUCGAGAUUUGAACCUAGAACUUUGUAUACGUAAUCCAUACCUCAAAUAUUAUUAAACAAAAUAAUGAACUAUUCAUAUUAACUGGCAAAACUAAUGGAAUUCUUUUAGUGUUGGUCUUUUCACUUAUCGAUAAGAAAAAUAUGCUAAAUUUGUAUUUUUAUUUUGUGUAAAUAUUUAAUAUUAUUUGAUCUUAAAGUCUCAUAUUUCUACGUCUUCCCAUAUUCAAUGAUAUUGUAAAGAAGAAAAAUUUAAAUUAAUUUCGAAAAUAUCAAGUAGGUGAAAAGAUCAACAUUUUCAUUCACUUCUCGUUUUUGGUAAAAAUGCUUUAGAUUUCUGAUUGAGAUAACUUAAAAAAUACAGAAAAACAAUACCCGGUCGAAUUGAGAUCCCCUUUGAGGAAAGUUGGUUAAAACAGAUCCUAUUUAGAAACAUGUCUGGGUUUUUAUUUGAAUUGUACUUUCAGAGGAACAUUUUUACCAAAAACGAAAACUCAAAAAAAAAACAACUUCAAACAGAAAAAAAAUAUCCUCAAAGAGGCUUUGUUUAGCGUUUUGUCAAUUUUGAUACCGGUUGUGAAUUAAACACUUUUUUUUUGAAAAUUUCUUCCCCAUUUCACCGACUGACGAAGUAUAGUACGCGCGAAAUAUCUUUUUGAGUCUGAAAUUAGUCGCGAAUCGACUAAAUUUCGAAAUUAGUUAGAAAUCGACUAAAUUUUGAAAUUAGUUGGUAAUCGACUAAAUUUUGAAAUUAGUUGGAAAUCGACUAAAUUUUGAAAUUAGUUGGAAUUCGACUACAUUUUGAAAUUAGUUGGUAAUCGACUAAAUUUUGAAAAUAGUUGCAACUCGACUGAAUUUUGAAAUUAGUUGAUUUUGAAUUAGUCGGAAAUCGACUAAAUUUUGAAAUUAGUUACAAGUCGACUAAAUUCAGACUCAGAAAGAUAAAUCGAUCGUAUUAAAAUAGAUACUAAGAAUAUUUUUUACAUGCAACACUAGAGAAUACCGUCCACUGAGAUAUUGCAUCUAUUUAUUUAUAAAAAAAGUAAUUAGUUUUGAAAUAUACUCAAUUGUUAAUUUCCUUUAUUUUACUACACAGCCAUAUUAGGUUAAUUUUUCAUUAGUUUUUGUGGAGAAAUCUGUAGUUUUUUCGACUAAAAUUACAUUACGAUAAGUACAGUAUAAUUAUAACGGAAUUACAUAUGUUUUUGUAUAAAAAGCUUAUUAAAAAAUGUAUUUUAUUUUUAAGUUAGUAAUAAGUAAACGACCAUUAUUUUUAUGUCAACUUUUGUUCUUGCAAUUUAUUUUUAUUUAUACAAGUGAUUUAGUGUUAUUUUUUGACAAAAUAAUCAGUUACGGCUGUUCUCAAUAUACUAUCUAACUGUUGUUAUAGAAAUCUGACAUUACUUAUAUGGACCUAAUGUCAAAUUAUAUUUCUAGAAAGCAAAUAAACAAGUAAAUUUAAUAUUGAGAACGGCCGAAUAUUGGUCACCAAACGGAUAACUCCACAGAAACUAAUCUAGUACAUAAGUAUUAAAAAAAAAACGAAUAUACGAUUGUAAAUGAUACGAUUUCCAUUAAAUAUAGUAUACUUUGAAAACUUAAAGGUUCAAUCCAAAAUUGUAUACGCAAAAAAGUAUUAAAAAAUCGUAAUUGACACUUAAAAUUUAGUCAACGAUGUGAACUGAAUUAUCGACUAAAAUCAUGUUGUUUUAGUCACAUCACUAAAGGUGUAAAGCUUGACGAAAAUACUUAUUUUAGUAACAAGAUUUUUUUUAUUGACUGAUUUUAGAAUAUUCACGAAAUUAAGUUUAAAAAUGAACAGCCAAGUUAUUGAAAAAAAAAAACAUUUGAUUCAAUUUCACACUUAUUUUGAGCAGUUUUUUUUUUCAAAAUAAAGUGUAGUUUUUUUUUAGCUACUUUUGCAGACAGUAAUAAAAUUUAUGUAGUAGUUUUGUCCUCUUUUUAAUACAUAGUUUUUCGUCAAGCAUAUUAAAUUAUUUAGUAUGUCGACUAAAUUUAGUCAAUCAACUAAACGUUUUAGUCGAUAAUUCAGUUCACAUCUCUAUUUAGAUAUAAAGCGAAGGCGGGAAAGCUAAAGGAAAUAGAUAAAAAAAUAUCGUAAGAAUUACGCUAAUUAUUGUUUUGUAAGCAAACGUUUUUAAAAAAGGACUUCCAAUUUAAACUUUCUAGAAAGUACUAUUGCAGGUCUAGGUAUAUUUUUCAAAAUUAUUUUUUUGAAUUUUACAAAUCAAACUGAAAAUUAUUGAUUUUAUUUUUACAUUUAACUGUGGUUGUAUUAGGUAAAGUUAAAGGGAUUUAGUAAUAAAAAAUAGUCCUGUUCAUCUAUGUAUGUAUUAUAUCUAUUUCUCUAUAAGUAAAGAAGGGAUGACGUCGGAAGACGCUGGAUGCAGGUCGCCUCCAACAGGUAUCUGUGGAGAUCUAACGGGGAGGCCUAUGUUCAGCAGUGGACAUCCUAUGCCUGAGAUGAUGAUGAUGAAAGUAGGGACAGUGCUAUUCGUCUAUAUCUAUUUCAGUUGCAUCGAAAUCUUCUUUUUACAAUACGACUUUUUAACGCAAUUACUAUAGGAUACACCAUACAUACAACCUUGGUGAUUAACGCUCAAUCCUUCUCCGUGUGAGAGGAGGCCGCAGCCCAGCAGUGGGACGAUAAAAAGGCUGUAACAGUAACACCAUACAUAUGUAUAUUCUUAUAGCAUUAUCUAUAUUAAAAAAAUGUCUUGCUUAACAAUUUAAGAUUUUUUUUCAUUUUUUUUUUAAAUUUUGCAAUACACAAGUCUUCCUUAUAUUAUGCUAAUUAAUAAAUUAAUGUUACAAUAGUACUUUCUAGAACAGUUGUAUGUUAAAAUAUUAAGUUAAAUUGUAUUGUUGAUACGAUAUUUUUUGAUCUUAAGAAUGGUUUUUGUAAGUUGGAGUUUUGAAAAAGAAAAAAAGUAAAAAAAAUUUCGACAUAUUUUUUUACAUUUAUUAUUUUGGUCAAAUCUGGUUUGUAUGUAUUUUUUCACAUUUCCUUAUAAUCAUUAGUUUUCGAAUUAAGGAAUUUAAAAAGUACACCAUAAAAGUAUUACGCAAGUAUUAUAGUAAUUAAAAAACAUUCAAUUUUCAAGGUUAUUCAAGUUUGGUAUUGCCAUACCUACUUUUUUUAAAUAAUUACAUAAAUUAUGAAAUCAUUUUUCUACGACAAUAUUUUUUUUUAAUUUUGAAGAGUAGGUCUUCAAUUUGGUGUUGCCAUAUUUACAUACCUUAUAUAAUUUACCAUAUGUAUAUUUUUCAUUUUCUACUAUAAUAUUUCUUUCAAAACUCCAACUUACAAAAUUAAAAAAAAAAAGAACGAAACAGUGCUGAAACUCAAACGAGGAAACGGAUAUACGUAAUUGGAAUGGUGAAGUUAAGAAAAAUAAGAUUUUUUAUGAUAAUAUUAUAAUUAUGUAUUAGUACAUAUUAUACAUCUACUUAUACAUCGCGUAGUGAUAUAAUGUAUUUUUAAUGUAACGGCUAUUUGACUAUAUUCGUCUAAGGCUAAAUUGGCUAUUUGCCAAAACGACGAUUUGAGCCAAAUUAGGCCGUUUUUUUAAUGGGAAGCGGAUGUUUUGAUUUAAAAGUGUAUUAUUCAGAAAAUAUACAUAACACAUUUCUAGAAAAUCUAAGUACAUUAAUUUAAAAAAAUAAGCGCAAUUCAGCAAUCUGACUAGUCAUUUUACACAUUGCCCGGCCAAUAUUGCCUUGCGGUGAAAAAAAUAUAAGUGUAAAACUUUUCAAGGUAAAGAAAUAGGAAGUUCAAUGCAAAGUUUUCGUCCAAGAAAUGCAAUAAAAUUAAUUAAUUUGAGCAAUAAAUUGUAAUGCCAAGGCCGAAUCCUAAAACGCCACUCAAUUUUAAGAACUACUCGUACCUACAUCAUUAUUUCUGUCACUUUUAUGCAAACUGCGACAGAUACAUAUAAUUUUAAGUAGAACUUCAAAUUAAGUGACGUCGAGUAUUUUGAUUAUGACAUAGUUAGAAUAAACAGAUAAUACACAAAAUAACUUUAAAAUCAAAGCGUCUGCCUUUCCAAGCUAUACCCGAGUGCGGGAUAGUCUCGCUUGUUCUAAGCGCCGUUAUUAAAGUCCAGAAAUAGUAUACAAUAGAUAUACGCGCUUGUUUAGUAUUAAGAAUAACUUCAAUGUUAUACAUUAUGGUACAGCAUAAUUUUUGCUAGUCAAUAAAAUAAUUUUUAGGCUGA